CCCCCACGAUCACUGCCUGCUGCGUGUGCCUUGCCCUCCGUGUAAAAAGGCCUGUCCUCGGAAUGUGCCCAGGGGCACUGCGUGCCCCCCCCCCUCGGAACUCCCCGCCAGCCGAUAAACAAAAACUAAGGAGCCGCCCAAAGGGGAACCACAAGACUCAGCGGCAGCGACACAAAGGCACGGAACCCGCUCCAGGAGGAAGGGAACAACAACAACAACAACAACAACAUCAACGAGCACGAUGUCACAGCCCACUGACUCCUUCGCUCUACAACACAUCUUCCAGCAGCUGAAGUCGCCGUCGCCGACGGAGCGCCUGGCCGCUGUCGCGGAGUUCAAGUCUCAGCUCACCACGACGGCCAGGGAAGUAUCGCCAGAGCAGUUCACGAGGUACAACAACGAGAUCAACAACAAGAUCUUCGAGCUGGUGCACGGCACGGACCCUUCUGAGAACAUUGGCGGUAUCUUGGCUGUUGACACGCUGAUCGAUUUCUUUGGCGGUGAGGACUUGCCGUCGCAGACGUCGAGAUUGGCGAACUACCUGCGGUUCCUGAUACCUUCCCAGGACGUUGAGAUCAUGAAGCUGGCGGCGAAGACGCUUGGUAAGCUUGCGAUUCCUGGCGGGUCGCUGACGAGCGACUUUGUUGAUUACGAGACGAGGAACGCGAUAGAGCUGUUACAGACGGAGAAGAACGAGUCCAAGCGCCACGCUGCGGUGUUGGUGAUUGCGGCGAUUGCCGAGAACUCACCAACGUUGUUCUACACGUAUGUGAAUACCAUUCUGGAGAACAUCUGGUCUGCACUGAGAGACCCAAAGCUGGUGAUACGAAUCGACGCCGCGCAGGCGCUCGAGAGGUGCCUGGAUGUUGUGUACGAAAGAGAUCUCAACCUGAAGAAGAACUGGUUCAACAAGCUGAUCGACGGCGCAUCGCAAGGUUUCAAGAUGAACACGUCGGAGUCGAUCCACGGCUCGCUGUUGGUGUUUAAGGAGCUCGUUAAAAAGGGUGGUAUGUUCAUCCAGGACAAGUACGAUGCUCUCUUUGAAACAACGUUCAAAUACAGGGAACACAAGUACAACAUCAUAAGACAGGAGGUGGCACAUAUCAUACCGUUAUUAGCUGCUUAUAACUCUCAAAAGUUUGUGGAAAAAUACCUGCACCGUACAAUGAUCUUUUACCUGUCACAGUUGAAAGAGGAGUCGGAGCGUUCUGCAAUACUCAUCUCCAUUGGUGACAUCAGUUUCCAGGUUGAAGGCCAAAUAACAACUUACUUGGACGCCAUUUUGGAUAACAUCCGUGAAGGGCUACAUUCAAGGUCAAGAACAAGAAGAGAUAUCGAACCUGCUAUCUUUUACUGCAUUGAUAAGCUAUCCUACGCUGUGGGACCUGCAUUGACAAAGCACCUCCAAAGGGACAUUCUUGAUUUACUCCUCUCCUGUUCUUUGAGUGAUCAUAUGCGUGAGUGUUUAUUGACGUUAUCCCAAAGAAUACCGCCUUUAGAACCGGUUAUCAACAAAAAGACUUUGAAUCUGUUGAGUUUCUGCCUAUCGGGUUAUUCCUUUGCACAACCCGGUUCACCAAAUUCACCAAAACGAAUGAGUUCACAACUAGCACUUCAAUUUAGAGAGUCACACUUUUCACGCAAUGGUACUUAUAACGACGACGUCAUUAUUAUUCAGGCAUUGAAGAUGUUGGGGUUUUUCAAUUUUAGAAAUGAAUCCCUCUUCGAGUUUGUGAGAUAUUGUACAAUCACAUACAUUGAACAUGAGAAUCGUGAAGUGCGUAAAAUGGCUGCUCUAACCUCUUGUGACUUACUACUGAAGGACUCUGUUUGCUUUCAAACUUCAAGUUAUGCGUUAAACGCUGUGUCCGAAAUUUUAGACAAACUGAUCACAAUUGCCAUUACAGACCCUGUGGCAGAUAUCAGAUUGGCAGUGUUGACUUCACUGGGUAAAAAUUUUGACCCUCAACUAUCGCAAGCUGACAAUGUAAGGCUCUUAUUCAUGGCACUUAAUGAUGAGGUGUUUGCCAUUCAAAAAGUUGCGAUCCAAAUUAUUGGUCGCUUGUCAACGAUAAACCCAGCUUAUAUCGUUCCAUUUUUGAGAAAGACAUUGAUUCAACUCUUAACCAAGUUGGAGUAUUCCACUGCAAGCAGAAAGAAGGAAGAAUCCGCCAUUUUGCUUUCUCUUUUGAUUAGUUCUUCAAAGAGCAUUGCAAAACCCUAUACAAAGCCAAUAAUCGACGUCUUGUUACCAAAAUCAAGAGAUAAAUCUGCAUCUGUGGCUUCGUCAUCCAUUGCUGCUCUAGGUGAGCUAUCUGUUGUUGCAGGUGAAGAUAUUAAGCCAUUCAUUCCCGAUUUGAUGCCGUUGAUUCUUGAGACUUUCCAAGAUCAGAGCUCCUCUUUCAAACGUGAUGCCGCUUUGAAGACUUUAGGUCAGUUGGCAGGUUCUUCCGGUUAUGUUAUCCAACCUUUGUUGGACUACCCUCAAUUACUCAGUGUCAUUAUCAAUAUUCUGAAAUCAGAGAAUUCUCCAACUAUCAGACGUGAAACAGUGAGAUUGUUAGGUAUUUUGGGUGCUUUGGACCCUUACAAGCACAAAGAAGUUGAAAGAACAUCAAAGAACAUCACAGUUGAAGGUCCACCCACAGAUGUUGCCUUGUUGAUGCAAGGUAUGAGUCCAUCAAAUGAGGAGUAUUACCCAACCGUGGUUAUCAACACGUUAAUGAAAAUCUUGAAAGAUACAUCUCUUGCUGCAUAUCACUCCUCGUGUAUUCAAACUAUUGUUCUGAUCUUCAAAACUAUUACUAUCACUUGUCUGAAGUUUACUGGUUCGACCAUUUCUGCCAUCAUCAAUGUUAUGCAUACAUGUCCGCCAUCAAUGCUGGAGUUCUACUUCCAACAGUUGAGUGCAUUGAUAGGUAUUGUGAAACAGCAUAUCAGGCCGCAUUUGGCUGACGUUUUCGAUGUCAUUAAGGAAUUUUUCCAUCUCGCAAACUUACAGGUUACUAUUGUAUCCUUGAUUGAGUCAAUUGCUAAGGCGUUAGGAGGCGAAUUCAAGUUUCAUCUUCCACCUGUUCUUCCAUUACUGCUGGAUGCUCUGGGAAAUGAAAAACAGCCAAAUGUUUCUCUGAGGGUACUAAAGGCAUUUGUUGUAUUUGGUUCUAACAUUGAGGACUACAUCCAUCUCAUAGUUCCUAAUGUCGUGAGGUUGUUCGAAUAUGGUCCUCAGAAUGUUCGUAAAUCUGCAAUCACUACAGUUGGAAGGCUCUCAAGAAAUGUUAACCUCAAUGAUAUGUCCUCAAGAAUCGUACACAGCUUACUCAGAGUUUUAGGGACUCACCAAAACGAUGAGUUGACGCGUGCUUCAAUGAACACGUUGAGUCUUAUGUUGCUCCAGAUGGGUACAGAAUUCAGUGUUUUCAUUCCCGUUAUCAACAAGGUUCUUGUGAAGAACAAAAUUCAAUCACAAACUUAUGAUCAAUUAGUUAACAAGUUGCUGAACGAUGAGCCGUUACCUCAUAAUUUGAUUCUUGACAAAGAAGCCGAUGCCAAUGAUUCUGCUGAUCCAAUCGAACAGCCGUCAAAGAAAUUGCCAGUGAACCAACAGGUCUUGAAAAAUGCAUGGCAAUGUUCUCAGUGUCGUACCAAGGAAGAUUGGCAAGAGUGGAACAGACGCUUGAGUGUUCAGUUGUUAAAAGAGUCUCCUUCGCAUGCAUUAAGAGCUUGUUCUGCACUUGCUAGUAGUUACUAUCCCCUGGCGAGAGAUCUUUUCAAUGCCAGUUUUGCGAGUUGUUGGAGUGAACUCUACACUCAGCAUCAGGAAGAGUUGGUACAGUCACUUUGUACUGCCCUUUCCUCUCCAAACAAUCCACCUGAGAUCUAUCAGACUUUGUUGAACUUGGCUGAGUUUAUGGAACACGACGACAAGCCACUCCCUAUCCAUAUUUCAACAUUGGGUCAAUACGCCCAAAGAUGUCAUGCUUAUGCCAAGGCCCUACAUUAUAAGGAACUUGAAUUCAGUCAGGAACCAUCAACGCCAACUAUUGAGGCCUUGAUCUCGAUCAAUAAUCAAUUACAGCAAUCUGAUGCCGCUAUCGGUAUUCUUAAACAUGCCCAGCAGCACCAUGAUCUUCAACUCAAGGAAACUUGGUAUGAGAAACUACAACGUUGGGAAGAUGCUCUCAAAGCGUAUAACGAUCGUCACGAGGAUAGUAUUGAGACCACCAUGGGUAAGAUGCGUUGUUUACAUGCUCUUGGUGAAUGGGAUCAACUCUCCCAACUGGCCCAGGAGAAAUGGACAAACUCAUCUACUGAUAUCAAAAGAGCUGUUGCUCCUUUGGCUGCUGCUGCCGCAUGGGGUUUAGGACAAUGGGAGAGAAUGGACACUUAUAUCACUGUCAUGAAACCAGAAUCACCAGACAGGGCUUUCUUCAAUGCGAUCUUAUGUCUUCAUAGAAAUAACUUUGAUGAAGCUUCUCGUCAUAUCAUCAAAGCCAGAGAUCUGUUGGUUACUGAGAUCACUGCUCUUGUGAGUGAAAGUUAUAGCCGUGCAUACGGUGUUGUCGUGAGAGUCCAAAUGCUUGCAGAACUGGAAGAGAUUAUCAAGUAUAAGAAUUUACCACAAUCGUCGGAAACUCGUGUGGUCAUGAGAAAGACGUGGAAUGCAAGAUUGAUGGGUUGUCAACGUAAUGUUGAUAUUUGGCAAAGAAUGCUGAAGGUCCGCACGCUUGUUAUCAAGCCAAAACAAGAUAUGGACAUGUGGAUUAAGUUUGCAAAUUUGUGCAGAAAAUCUGGCCGUCUUGGUCUUGCUGAAAAGGCUCUGAACUCGUUACUGGAAGAAGGUGAGGACCCAAAUACAUCUAGAGCUCCACCACAGGUUGUUUAUGCUCAGCUGAAGUAUAUGUGGGCCACUGGGUCUAGGAAAGAGGCGCUUGGACAUUUGAUCGAUUUCACUUCAAGAAUGUCUCAUGACUUGGGUUUGAAUCCAGACGAUUUAAUCACACAGCCAUUGCCAUCCCAUAGUAAUAUUAAGAACGUUGAGGAGUAUACCAAACUACUGGCGAGAUGUUUCUUAAAACAAGGUGAAUGGCAAGUUCAGCUACAGAACAAUUGGAGAACCGAAAAUGCUGACACAAUCUUGGGCUCUUUCUUGUUGGCGACCCAUUUCGACAGUCAAUGGUAUAAAGCAUGGCACAAUUGGGCAUUGGCAAACUUUGAGGUUAUUUCGCUCUUAACUUCAAAGUCCUCAAUUAGUGAGACUUCGCCAAGUGCUGCUACUGAUGAAGUUGAAUCUCAAUAUCCUCCAGGUUUAAUUCAACAACACGUUAUCCCAGCUAUCAAGGGUUUCUUCCAUUCUAUUGCAUUAUCAGAUGCCAAUCCCUUGCAAGAUACCUUGAGGUUGUUAACACUCUGGUUUACCUUUGGUGGUGUUACAGAAGCUGCUCAGGCGAUGGCUGAAGGCUUCAGUAUGGUCAAAAUCGAUACCUGGCUAGAAGUUAUACCUCAAUUGAUUUCUCGUAUCCAUCAGCCUAACCAGACUGUGAGCAGAUCUCUUCAUGGAUUGUUAUCUGAUUUAGGUAAGGCACAUCCUCAGGCUCUUGUGUAUACCUUGGCGGUUGCUGUUAAGUCUGAUUCUGUUUCUAGACAAAGGGCUGCAUCUACAAUUAUCGAUAAGAUGAGGAUACACAGUCCCGAUUUGAUUGAGCAGAGCGAGUUGGUGAGUAAUGAAUUGAUUAGAGUUGCAGUUCUAUGGCACGAAUUGUGGUAUGAGGGAUUAGAAGAUGCCUCCAGAUUAUUCUUCGGUGAGCACAACACUGAAAAGAUGUAUGCUGUGUUGGAACCUUUACACAGAAUGCUUGAACGUGGUCCUGAGACUUUAAGAGAAGUUUCUUUCCAAAAUACGUUUGGACGUGAAUUAAGCAAUGCCUUUGAAUGGGUGUUGAGUUAUAGACGUACCAAUGAUAUCUCAAAGUUGAACCAAGCUUGGGAUAUUUAUUACAAUGUCUUCCGUCGUAUCAACAGACAAUUGCCUCAGUUACAAACUUUGGAAUUACAAUACGUGUCUCCAAAGCUAUUACAUGCACAUGACUUGAAACUUGCUGCCCCUGGUACUUACCAACCUGGUAAGCCAGUCGUUAGAAUUAUGAACUUUGAGCCUGUUUUAACUGUCAUCUCUUCGAAGCAAAGACCACGUCGUAUUGGAAUUAAGGGUAGCGACGGUAAGGAAUACUACUAUUUGUUGAAAGGUCAUGAAGAUAUUCGUCAGGAUAAUUUGGUUAUGCAACUGUUUGGAUUGUGUAAUACGUUACUUCUUAAUGAUCCAGAAUGUUUCAAGAGACAUUUGAACAUUCAACAAUUCCCUGCAAUUCCUCUUUCUCCGAAAUCGGGUCUCCUUGGAUGGGUUCCAAAUUCUGAUACUUUCCAUGUCUUGAUCCGUGAAUACCGUGAAUCCAGAAACAUCAUUCUGAACGUUGAACAUCGUAUCAUGUUGCAAAUGGCACCAGAUUAUGACAAUUUGACACUGUUGCAAAAAGUUGAAGUUUUCACAUACGCCUUGGAUAACACGAGGGGACAAGAUUUGUACAAAGUUUUAUGGCUUAAAUCUAGAUCAUCUGAAUCUUGGUUGGACAGAAGAACCACGUACACAAGAUCUCUUGCCGUUAUGAGUAUGGUUGGUUACAUCUUGGGUCUUGGUGAUAGACAUCCUUCGAAUUUGAUGUUGGAUCGUAUCACUGGUAAAGUCAUCCAUAUCGAUUUCGGUGAUUGUUUCGAAGCUGCCAUCUUACGUGAGAAAUACCCUGAAAAGGUUCCCUUCAGAUUGACACGUAUGUUGACCUAUGCCAUGGAGGUUAGUGGAAUCGAAGGCUCUUUCCGUAUCACAUGUGAACACGUCAUGACAGUUUUACGUGAUAAUAAGGAAUCGCUUAUGGCCAUCCUGGAAGCAUUUGCGUAUGAUCCAUUGAUCAACUGGGGGUUCGAUUUACCAACACAGGCCAUUGUUGAUGCUACCGGUAUCAAAUUACAACACGUUAACACUGCAGACCUUUUGCGCCGUGGUCAGAUAGAUGAAGCGGAGGCAACAAGAUUGGAGAUGCAACAGAAAGUUGAGAUUCGUAACGCUAGAGCCUCGUUGGUUCUGAAACGUAUCACUGAUAAGCUUACUGGAAACGAUUUCCGGAGGUUUAAGGAGUUGAACGUUCCGUGUCAAGUUGAUAAGCUGAUUCAGCAGGCAACAUCAGUGGAGAACCUAUGCCAACAUUACAUCGGAUGGUGCUCCUUCUGGUGACGUAUUUAUUGAUCUGUGUUGAGUGAUAUAACACAUUGAGCAAAUAAAAAGUACUGUUUUAUACACCAUAGUGGUAGAAU